CGCCGCCCUGCCCCCCCCCCGAGAGGUGACGCAUCCCACAGCGUCCUUCGCCCGUCUGCACCUUUAUUGUCAUCUGCACCUCCGUCGGCAUCUGCACCUCUGCUUUGAUCCAUCAUCUACAUCCAAACUCCCCUUCUUAUCCUCGCAGUCCAGUUUCCAUGCGUCUCUCGCAGCGGCCGUCCUUCUUUGGCUUCCCCCGCCCGCUGGCGUCGUCGCACUCCUCCUCUUCCUCCUCCAAGAUGCAUGUCCCGCACCUGCUCCCCUCUGUCGAGAUCCACAUCGAGCCGACUCCUGUCUGCCAGCCGUCCAGCCAUGUCGUAUCUGCUCUCAAGUCCAUCGCCAAGGAGUCCCUCGUCCUGACCCCCCGCAACGGCAUCUACAGCAUUUCCGGUACCGUGCGCCUCAACGUCCAUUCUCCUAUCGAAGCCACGCUGCUCAAGCUGACCCUCUCGCAGAUGGAGGAGCUCUGUCCCGACAACCUGAUUGGUCACGCUGACGAAAAGUCCAAGGAUCUCCUCGAGUUCUGGUCCAUGCCUUCGCUGUUCUCGGCUCGCACCGGCCCCGACCACAACAUCCUGCUCUGGGUUGCCCAGUCCAAUGCCAAUCAGACAGUCCAGCCCGGCCAGCCCCUCCAUGAAAUCAUCAGCAAGGGCAUUCAUGAAUACGCCUUUCAGUUCGAGCUGCCGGUGUCUGCCAUGAUCCCGAGCGUCUCCUUGGCCGUCGAUUUCGGCCGGAUCCAGCACAUCCUCAAAGCCGAGCUGGUGCUCCAUCCGUUGGUGCUCCAGUCGCACCCGCAUUUCCAUCGCCACCACCCCAACCCCAUCGAUCUGCACUCGCACCUCCCCGAGGUCCACGACAUUCGGCCAUUGAAUCUCGAGCUCCUGGCCGACUCGCUCACUCCAAUCGUCCCGCGCCCUAUCCGCUACACUGGCACCACCCCGGACUCGGAGUUUCAGUUCGACGCCGACAUUCCGUCCUUUGUCCCCAUCAACUCGAAGCUGCUGCGGAUGAACAUCCAACUCAUGUCCGGCAAUGUCGACAUCGAGCGAGUCACCGAAAUCGAGGGCGUGCUGGUCGAAAAGCAUUCCAUCAACAUCUACGACGGGUUCGAGAGCCUCAUUUCCGAUUACGUCCAAAUCACCCAAACAACCACCAAAACCCUCCGCCAUCUCUCGGCGCAGCCCAUCCUGAUCGGUCCAUCGGUCGUGCGCACUCAUACUCCGGGCGACUCUCUAAGCCGCCAGAUGGGCUUUGAGCUUGAAAUCUCAACCCGAGCCCUGCCCGAUGUCUCGACCCAGCAUAUCUCCGUCACCCACGUUGUCGUCUUUUCGGUCGUCUACGAAACCUACCCUAAUGGCUCCGACACCUCUCUGACCCAAAACAGCGAGGUCGCAACCGAACUCUCGUCCUCGCCGUCUGCCACGGCAUCGAUCGCGCCCACAACUUCGGCUUCGUCUGUCUCGUUCUCACCAAAGCGACCCUUUGGGAUGUUCAUGAAAAAGCACCACCAACGCCCCCUACAGCCCAAGCUGAAUACGGUCUUGCUCGAGUUCCCCAUCCGCUUCGAGAUUGGAUCUAGUUUUUCGUAAAGUCACCUUGGCUCCAGCGCCUGGAUCUGGAUCCUCGAGUGUUUCCCGGAUCUAGGGCUCUGUACAAGUGCUGGUGAAUGUUCUCCAGAGCGCCGCGUCGUCCUCCAAGUUAUAUCCCUAUAUCGUCUUGCCGCAUGAA